AUGCCAGCUACUAAUGACACAACUGAUUUACCAUCAGAAACUAGCAUUGCUUUAGCAUUUUUAAUGAGCUUACUAGCUUUUGCUAUAAUGGUAGGAAAUGCUGUGGUCAUUUUAGCUUUUGUGGUGGACAAAAACCUUAGACAUCGAAGUAAUUACUUUUUCCUUAACUUGGCCAUUUCUGACUUCUUUGUUGGUAAGUGUGAUCUCCAUUCUUUGUACAUCCCUCACAGGCUGUUCAACUGGAAGUUUGAAGAUAACAUCUGUGCAUUUUGGCUCACUAUUGACUAUCUUUUGUGUACAACAUCUGUGUAUAACAUUGUACUCAUCAGCUUUGAUCGAUACCAGUCAGUCUCGAAUGCUGUAUCUUGCAGAGCUCAACACACUGGGAUCUUGAAGAUUGUGGUUCUGAUGGUGGCCAUCUGGGUAGUGGCCUUCUUAGUGCAUGGGCCAAUAAUUCUAGUUUCAGAGGCCUGGAAGAAUGGCAAGGGGGAUUGUGAACCUAGAUUCUUUACAGAAUGGUAUAUACCAUUACCAUUUACUUCUUCUUUUCCAAUUUCUACCAAGGAAAAACUUACAAAGCAUACCAAAAGGCAAAACCCACAAUUUGAAGAGACAGAGGAAGCAUCAGAACUAGAUAUAGUAGGGAUGUCAGAAUUAUCAGAUUGGGAAUUUAAACCCACUCUGAUGAAUAUGCUGAGGUCUCUAGUGGAUGAGGUAGUCAGCCUGCAAGGCAAUAUAGGGUUCCUUAGAACACCUGUGGAAAACAGAUACCGUUGUUAUUCUUACUCCACAGAGGAGGAAACUAAAGAGUACAUGACUGGCCCCAGGUGGUACAAUCAGCAGAUAAUGAAGCCGGAACUUGAACUCAGGGAGUCUGAAACUUGA